AGAUACCAUGUUUACCAUCCAUUCACAAAAAAAAUAUACACACACACCCAAACAAACGUUUAAUGUUUCAUUACUCAAUAGAAUUCUAAGAAGAUUUUGUUUCCAUCUGUUUGAAUAAUCUAAUAUACGUGGUAACAUAAAUAAACCGAAUAGGACUGUGAUAUAUAUCAACAUCUCUGUAAUUUGUCAAAUACACUGACGCAAAAUGCUUCCUGAUGUCUCCAAUAGUUCAUGGAAGUACAAAUCAAGAAGUAUAACUACAAAUAUAUAUAACAUCAGUAAUAGUUCUAUUAUACCAUAUUAUACGAAAGAGGUUUUCAUAUUUCUCUCAAUUGAGAUAGCUAUUACUCUGUUGAUUAUCAUGAUCUUAUCAAUCCUAUUCAUAGCUGGAUAUCUAUGGAAUUCAUGGACAGUUUUUCUUUGGGUAUUGGCUUGGUCUGCUUUUGCAUUAGCAAUGUUGAUUAUAUUCUAUCAAAAAAUAAGAGAUGAAAAUCCAUUGAAUAUUUUUCUUCUGGUUAUUUACUCGAUAUGGAUCGGUACAGCGAUUGGAAUUUCGGUUUUAAAACUAUGCAUGUACUUGAAAGUUAUUGCCAUCGCAAUCACAUUGAUAUCUUUUAUUUGUUCCAUAUUCAUUGGAGCUGCAAUCCGAACACGAUUAGCUGAUCAGUUCCUGUCAAUUCUAAUAUAUAUUAUGAUUCUUUCCGCUGCUUUUGUGGCAGCUGCGAUUGUAUUUUAUGUUUUAAAGCUUUGGGUUGCACUGAUCGCUCUCGAUGUAGGUGCUGACAUAUUAUUAUUUCUUAUAACAAUCUGUUUCAGUCAAUUUACUGUUGGAAAAUCAGAAGUACGGGUCUUCUUUCCACAUUGGACGUUAGCAGUGUUAGUACUGUAUACUCUCUUUUACAUCGAUUUAUCAAACAAUUUAUAUUUGGUAGGCAUGGUAGAUUUCAUCAAUACCAUCAACGAGACGAAUAGCACGCCGUGUUGGUAGUUUUACUGUUUAUAAGGAGGUAAAUGUGACCCUUUUGAGACUAAAUUUGUGUUCAAGUACAAAUGGAUUUGCAAUGAGAUUUCUCACUCAGAUAUUUCCAAUCUGUUCGAUUUUAUUCCAUCUGUAAUAAAUUAUACGCUGAACAAAAUCAUUUCUGAGAAUUUUAUGUUUUUACACCAGCUACUGUUGAAUUAAUCAGUAGUAUAUAACAAUCGCGUAAAAUAUUAAACAAUCUUACUACCUGAACAAACGAUUUAUUCACAUUAGUAUGAAUCAAGUCUCUUAUGAAUGUAGGUGAACAUAUAGGAAGAUUAAGCGAAAGGAGUGAGAGACAAGCACAUUCAUGAAUAUCUUCA